AUGCCUGUGGCACCUCAUCACUAUGUGCCCAUCUCUCCUCAGUGUCAAUUAUUCUCCCCCGCCAGAGUUACGGAAACUGUGGGUGUGCCCCCUGAGGGAGUCUCUGAGCCCACUCUCCAGUCCAGAGCUCCCUCCACAAGGAAACUGUACUCCUUGAAGUGGAAUCUUUUCACAUCUUUGUGCGGCAGCAGUCUGCUGGACCCAGUCAACUGCCAGAUUGGUUCAGUGCUGGAGUUCCUGCCUGCUGUGUGCAUGAGAGUCCCGGCUUGGGAUCUGGCCGUGGUCCUGGAAGCUCUCUGUGUACCACCCUUUGAACCCCUCGAGGAGGUUCCUGAGAAAUUCCUGACACUUAAAACCAUGUUUCUAUUGGCCAUCUCCUCCCUGAAGACCAGGCCAUCUCCUCACAUGACCAGAAGAAGCUUAACCUCAUCGGUGCUUCAGGUGUCAAUAUCACUCAAUAAAGUGGAACUGAGUGUUGGAGAGUCUAAAUUCUUCACAUGCACAGCGGUGCUUCAGGUGUCAAUAUCACUCAAUAAAGUGGAACUGAGUGUUGGAGAGUCUAAAUUCUUCACAUGCACAGCCAUAGGUGAACCGUUGAGCAUAAACUGGUUCAGUCCUCAAGGUGAGCGCAUCAUCUCAAACCAGAGAGUGAUUGUGCAUACGGAGGGUGUGCGGUCCAGGCUGACGAUCUACAAUGCCAUCAUUGAGGAUGCUGGGAUAUACCGAUGUCAGGCUGUGGACGCCAAAGGACAAAGCCAGGAGGCCACGGUGGUGCUGGAGAUUUACCAGAAGCUGACGUUCCGCGAGGUGAAGACGCCACAGGAGUUUCGUCAGGGUGAGGAUGCUGAGGUAAUCUGUGAUGUCAUCAGUUCACCUGUACCAGCCGUGUCCUGGUUCUACAAGAACAAAGAAAUCACGUCUGAACCCAACAGCAUAUUUCAGGUCCUUCCCACCAACAACCUGCAGAUCCUGAGAGUGAGUAAAGCUGAUGAGGGUGUGUAUCGCUGUGAGGCACGUGUUGAGGCCAGAGGAGAAAUCGAUUUCAGGGAUAUUGUGGUGCUGGUGAACGUUCCUCCAGUUCUGUCAGUGCCUCAGCAGUCCUUCAAUGCCACUGCCGACUAUCAGGAGUCAGUGACAUUCACCUGCAUUACGUCCGGCUCCCCUGACCCUCAGGUGACCUGGUACUGGAAGGGUAAUGUGAUCGAGCGAUCAGAGCAGUAUGUGUUAAGCACACUGGAUGGGGGCAAAAGCACGCUGACCAUUAAAAACAUCCGGCAGGGGGACGGAGGGCCGUACACUUGCCGUGCGAGCAACAAGGCCGGGAGCUCCGAGAGUCAGCUCUUCCUCAAAGUGUUCGUCCAGCCUCACAUCACUCAGCUGAGGAAUGUGACAGCGGUGGAGGGAAAUGCUGCUAUGAUAUCCUGUACAGCUGAGGGAGAACCACUGCCGGAGAUCUCAUGGAGGAGAGCCAGUGAUGGACAGACAUUCACAGAUGGAGAUAAGAGUCAGGACGGCCGUGUGGAAGUGCGAGGACGCCAAGGAAAAUCCAUGCUGACUAUCAGUGGGGUUCGACUGUCAGACUGGGGCCGAUUCGACUGUGAAGCUCUCAGCAGGAUCGGAGGCCAUCAGAAGAGCAUGUUCCUGGAUAUCGAGUAUGCGCCAAAGUUCCAGACCAAUCAAACCAUCUUCUACUCAUGGGAGGGAAACCCAGUGAACAUCAGCUGCGACGUGAAGUCCAACCCUCCAGCGACCAUGCUGUGGAGACGAGACCGGUUUACCAUCUCUAGUCAAGGGACCAGCAACAUCCGCAUUCACACCACAGAGGGCCGAUCGCUUCUAGAGGUCACUCCAGUGUCGGACAGGGAUUUCGGACGUUACAACUGCACAGCCAGAAACAACAUCGGCGCUCGAUAUCAAGAGUUUAUAUUAGCACAGGCAGAUGUCCCGUCGCACCCGUACUCUGUUCGGCUGACCGCUGUCUCCCAACGUCUCGCCACCGUCACCUUCAUGAAGCCCGACUCUCACGGCGGCGUCCCCAUCAGCUAUUACAUCAUCAACUAUAAAGACACAAACUCACAGGACUGGAGGACAGUGAGAUCACAUGGAGUUCAGAAUGUCCCGUCGCACCCGUACUCUGUUCGGCUGACCGCUGUCUCCCAACGUCUCGCCACCGUCACCUUCAUGAAGCCCGACUCUCAUGGCGGCGUCCCCAUCAGCUAUUACAUCAUCAACUAUAAAGACACAAACUCACAGGACUGGAGGACAGAUAAAGAGGAGCAGUGGAUGACCAAGCUGGUUCCUGGCAUGAAUGACUUUGCGCUGCUACAGCCGCUGCAGUGGAACACGGGCUACAAUGUGGAGAUCACGGCGCGCAAUGUCAAGGGCCUGUCAGAGCCCACCUUCUUCCAGUUCCUUAUGCCGCAGAAACCUGACAUCACAGAUUCCCUGUUCAGCGGCCUGGGCCUCGGCACAGUGGUGGGUCUCGGGGUGGCAGGUCUUCUUCUGCUACUGGUGCUGGUGGACGUCAGCUGCUUCUGCUUGCGUCAGUGCGGCCUCCUAAUGUGCAUCACCCGCAAGCUCUGCAGCAAGAAAACCACCACCAGCGGCAAGAGCAAAGAGCUGGAGGAGGGCAAAGCAGCUUACCUGGUUGAUGGCUCAAAGGAGCCCAUCGUGGAGAUGAGAACUGAAGAAGAGAGAAUUACUAACCAGGAGGAUGGCAGUCCAGUGCACGAACCCAAUGAGACGACCCCUCUGACAGAGCCAGAGAAACUCCCAUUGAAGGAGGAGAACGGCAAGGAGGUGCUCAAGCCAGAUUUGAUCGAGAUCAAAGUCCACACGGACAACAGCAUCCACACAAAACAGGACGACAGCAAAGCAUAAUGGAGCCCGGAGGCAUUCCCAGCCUGAGCAAACUGAGACCAAAAUGUAGAAAUCACAAAAUGUCAUAAAAGAGAAAUGAAAAGAGAAGGGGAAAAAAAGAAGAAAUCUUUACAUUGGGUGACUGAUGAAGGGCGUGUAAAUAUGUUCAAAUACAAACAGAGACUGA